CAAGCUUUAACACGGCGAGAUAGGGAAUCCCCUUAAGUUAUAGUAGUCCAUGGUUGGAUAUCUCCCCAAGCAGACAAUGUUGUGAAUUUGCAUGGUCCUACUUUCAAAACGAAUAUAGAAUAUUCCGUCAUUCAGUUGUUAUUACUUCAUUGGAUUUUGCCAUCCUAGCACAAGUUCCUAAUGGAGCUCACAAAAAUAUGUGCUAAAUAUUUCCACUGCUCCAAUCUCUAUGAGGUUUUUGGAAUCGAUAAAAAUGCAGAUAGAAGAUCACUAAAGAAAGCAUAUUUCAAACGCUCUUUGAGAUAUCAUCCUGGUUUUGUGAGUGAGAGAAGCCAAACUGACCAUGAAGCUUCUGAAAAAUUUAAAACCCUUUUUAAAACAUACUCCAUUUUAAGUGAUUAUGAAAGGAAAUGGGUGUAUGAUACAACACGUUGUGUCUGGCUAGAUGAAGAACUUUUGAGACAUGAUUUUGAUUGGGUUGGUCACUGGAGGCUUACUUUUAAAAAAGCAAAUGAUCAAGCCAUCAUUUCUUUUCUAAAUAAGUAUAGAGGUUCUCAAGAGGAAACUGCCGAUAUCAAGCAACUCUUUAGGCUCUACAAAGGCAAUGUUCCAAAAAUAAUGAAUAUAGUUCUGUGUAGUACUCCUGAAGAUGAAAACAGAAUCCAGGACAUUGUUCAAUUCAUAAUUAGCGCAUAUAACCCUUAUCCAGUAAAACAUACAGAAGAGAAAAAAUCAGUUAAACGUAAUGCUCUCAGUGAAGAAAACCCAAAAAAUAAGAGGCAUAGAGAGCUCUGAGGAAGAGGCACUCUUUCAUAUAAUUGUGGUAAAUUCUUUGUGAAUUUGUUAACCAUUUGAAUUACUCCACUCGCAAUUUCAGAUAAACAAAUAAAUAAGAAAACUUCGACAA